GAGGUUUGACCUCAGGCUUGCCCAGAGCCCCUCGUGGCCAGCCACCUGACACGCUGGGGCCCAGGAACACUGGCACAUAAGGUCACCUGUCCAGGAGAGACAGGGAUGCGUCGGGGUCUCUGGCCCCGGGCUGGAGCUCUGGAAGGAGUGGGGGCCACAGUGGAGAGCGAGGUCCUCGGCCUCCACAGGCUGAGUGUGAAACGCUGGCAGCCUUCACCUGCGGGUGCUCAGCAGGCAGCCGGAUCUAGGAGGGACUUCCGGGAGGUCUGGGGGACUCAGGGGAAUCGGGGAGUCACUAGAGAAGAGGCUGGGCUCAGUGCCCCCAGGCAGGCAGGAUGGAUGAGACGGGGAAGCUGAACCCCAGGUUGGGGCUGAGAAGGCUGAACCCCAGCUGCAGAGUCCUGGGACCAUCUGUGGGGCCUGAACAUGGCUUGGGGGGAGAGGCCGGGCAGAGCUGAAGGGGAAAGGACCAGAGACAGCCGGCGUAAGGCUGUGCUGUGCUGCGAGGAGGCUGGGGAGGCUUGCUGCAGGCCCGGUGCUGAGGUGCGCAGUGUGGGGUGGGGGCGUCUCUCAAGUGGCCAACAGCCCUCACACUCCAGGCCCACGGGCACCCAGGCUGUGGAAACCCAGUGUGGUGCUCAUCAAGACGCAGAGUCCUGUCCAUCAGACUGCGAGAAGGCCCGGGCAGGCCAGAGCCAGGAGGGUGGAGGAGCUGAGGGCCAGGACCACAGGAAAUGGCCGGAGCUGCUCAAGGCCUAGGAGUCCAAGGCCCAGAGGGACCUCCAGGGUGGGUGGUCAUCACCAAAGGUCCAGGGGUGCUCAGGAUCGGGGACAUUCCCUGCUGCUAAGGUCCAGUCAUGAGGCACAGUGCUGGGCACCGGGAGCCCACAGGAAGAUGGGGUGCCAGGUGGGGCUCACCCAGCCCUCCUCCGGCCCAGGCUCCCUGCAUGUUCUGGGGAGGAAGUCGCCCACCUCACCGGCAGCCCUCGCCCAGCGUGCUCAGGUGAGUGAGCCGCGUGACCUCGGCUGAGUUAGGGGCAGGCUGUGCCCGGGAGGCACCUGUCUGCACUCCUCAGCAGGAGGUGCUCCCUAGCUCUGUGGACACUGGCGGGGUCUUGCCCUGUCCGGCAUGCUCCUUGGUCCCAUCAGACUCCACUUACAAAACACGUCAAAGACAAGCCAGGUCUCCAGGUGGCGGGCGAGCGCUUGGCUGAGCUCUGCUUUGUGGGUGUGCGGCCCGGCGGGCGGAGGGACCGGGCAGCCUGUGCAGGAGACCUGGUGCUGUGUGUCGGCAGAGGCUCCGGGGCUCUGGGUGUGCGAGGCCUGGCCCUGCCCCUCUCCCCUGACCCUGCUGGGAGGCAUCCCCAAGUCGGGGCUGGGGGUUCUGGGGGAUCUCACCUGAAAAUCCUACAAGGAACAGGUUUCCCGGGUGGAUUUGGGAACCUCGAGUCACCACCAAGCAGGGGGCCAGGGGCUCUGGGCUGGCCCCACCCCCCAGCAGCAGGUCUGAGUCAGGGGUCCUACCCUCAGGCCAGUGCCCAGGGUGGCUGGGUGAGCUCGUGCCCUUCUCCCUCCAGGCCCUGAGUCUCUGGCCCCUCUGAGGAGGGGUCUGAAGUCUUCAUGGCAUCCUGUUCAGGGAGCUGCCGCUCCAGCUGCAGGAGGGAGCCGCCCUCCAGGAGUCAGGCAGCCUGGCCAGGGGUGGGCCUGUGUGUUCCCGAGGUGCCCCACCCCAGGCUGCUUGGGGACGGACCCAGCAGGAGCUUUGGGCCCGGCCUCUCACCCACUGGAGCCCCCACAAUUCCCCCCGCCCCCAACCUCAGAAUGUCGAGACCCUGGAGCGAAGCCCAGCCUCCAGCUCAGCCUGAACCGCAGACCCUCCCUCGAUUUCGAAAGUCCUGUGGCUCUGCCAGAGCACAUUCCAAUCCAAGAUUGCUGUGGAGCCUCCUGUCCCUGGGAAUGGGGGAGACCAAGCCUCCCCCACUUCUGAUAAAGGGACGGGCUCCCACCCUUGGGCCAGGUCAGAGCGGGCCUGUGCCCAGGUAGGUGGAGGGCGGCUGUCCUCGGUCGGCACAGGUCAGCCAGGACAGACACCAGGGCGACCUGGAAGCAGAUCCCCGGGGCCUUGUGAUGUGGACCAGCUGGUGGCUCUGGCCCCUGGUGGCCGUCUGUGCUGCAGACUCAUUCCGAAACGAGGCGGAGAGGAUCAUGCGGGACCUGCCUCUUGUCGAUGGGCACAAUGACCUGCCCUGGCAGCUGCUGAAUCUGUUCAACAACCAGCUGCUGGACAAGAGGGCCAACCUGACCACACUGGCUGACACCCACACCAACAUCCCCAAGCUGAAGGCUGGCUUUGUGGGGGGCCAGUUCUGGUCUGCGUAUCUACCUUGUGAGACUCAGAACAAGGACGUGGUGAAGAGGACGCUGGAGCAGAUGGACGUCAUUCACCGCAUGUGCCAGAUGUACCCCGACGACUUGCUGUGUGUCACCAGUAGUGAAGGCAUCCAGCAGGCCUUCAGGGAGGGGAAGGUGGCCAGCCUGAUCGGUGUGGAGGGCGGCCACUCCAUCGACAGCAGCCUGGGUGUCCUGCGGGCCUUCUACCAGCUGGGGAUGCGAUACAUGACCCUCACUCACAACUGCAACACACCCUGGGCUGACAACUGGCUGGUGGAUGAUGGAGCUGACAAGGCUCAGAGCCAAGGGCUGUCAGACUUCGGGCAGCUAGUCGUGAAGGAGAUGAACCGCCUGGGCAUCAUGAUCGACCUGGCUCACGUGUCCGUGGCCACCAUGAAGGCUGCUCUGAAGCUGUCCAAGGCACCAGUCAUCUUCAGCCACUCCUCGGCCUACAGCCUGUGUAGGCACGCCCGGAACGUGCCGGACGAUGUGCUGCAGAUGGUGAAGGAGACGGGCAGCCUGGUGAUGGUGAACUUCUACAACUACUUUGUCUCUUGCUCUGAGGGUGCCAACCUGUCCCAGGUGGCUGACCACCUGGACCACGUGAAGAAAGUGGCAGGAGCUGGAGCCGUGGGCUUCGGCGGGGACUAUGAUGGUGUGACCAGGCUCCCGGUGGGGCUGGAGGACGUGUCUAAGUACCCAGACCUGAUCGCGGAGCUGCUCAGGAGGCAGUGGACAGAGGAAGAGGUCAGGGGUGCACUGGCUAACAACCUGCUGAGAGUCUUCAAGGAAGUGGAGAAGGUGAGCAACCACAGCGAAACUCCAGAAGAGACGCCCAUCCCUCUGGACCAGCUGGGCGGCUCCUGUAGGACUCAGUAUGGCUACUCAGAAGCCCCCAGCCUCCACCACCAGCCAGGGGCCCUGCUGGCCUUCCUGGUCCCUCUGCUCUUCGGCCUGCAGCCCCUGUGA